AUGAAAAUUGCGGCGGCGGGGGCGGGGGCUGCUGCUUCUUCUUCUUCUUCUUGUUUGUGGACUGGGAAGUGCCAGAGCUGAAGUGAUAGGGGAAGAGAGUUUCUCUCGCACUCUGUUCUCAGAGUGUCCACAGCAGAGAAGCUUUCUCACCCUUCAUUGCUCUCUUUACAGAGUCCUAUAAUUUUCUCGCUGGAGUUUUCUGGGCGUCUCCGUGUUUUCCCGCACUUUCUCGGCCGCCAGACAUGGACUUAGCAACCAAACUCAAAUUCAUCGAUCUCCGCUCAACGUUUCUCACUGGUUCCGCCCUUCUGGAUGCCUGGAAACCCUGUCUCCUCCCACCUCUCCGCCCAAUUUUAGCAGACAACAAUCAUUCGAUCAAAGCUAGCCCUUUCGUAUGCUCCAGAAAGCCUGUAAACUCUAGAAUUCCAGCUAAAUUUUCGGCCGAUUCUGAGGAAGGGCCGGUCGGGGAGACCGGUGGUGGAGACGACGUUGAGUCGCUGCUUUCGGACAAUUCGGUAGACGAUGUUGAUUAUAAGGCCGUGAACAAGCAAUCAAAUAGCGGUGCAUCGAGUGUAUCUUCGGGCGUUAGGUUAGAGAAUGUGAGUAAGAGCUAUAAGGGCGUGACUGUAUUGAAAGAUGUGAGUUGGGAAGUGAAGAAAGGGGAAAAAGUGGGGUUGGUGGGAGUUAACGGCGCUGGGAAGACGACUCAAAUGAGGAUUAUUGCCGGCCAAGAAGAACCGGAUUCGGGGAAUGUGAUCAAGGCCAAACACAAUAUGAAAAUUGCCUUUUUGAAUCAAGAAUUUGAGGUUUCGUUGAGUAGGACUGUUAAGGAGGAGUUGCUGAGCGCGUUUAAGGAGGAGAUGGGGAUUGCGGCCAAGUUGGAGAAGGUGCAGAAGGCGAUUGAGGCUUCAGUGGAUGAUUUGGAGUUGAUGGGAAGGCUUUUGGAUGAGUUUGAUUUGCUUCAGAGGCGGGCACAGGCAGUGGAUUUGGAUGAGGUGGAUGUGAAGAUCAGUAAGCUGAUGCCAGAACUUGGUUUUGCCCCCGAGGAUUCAGAUAGAUUGGUGGCCUCAUUUAGUAGUGGGUGGCAAAUGAGGAUGUCACUUGGGAAGAUUCUCCUUCAGGACCCAGAUUUGUUACUAUUGGAUGAGCCUACUAAUCAUCUUGAUCUUGACACUAUUGAGUGGCUGGAAGGAUAUCUUAAUAAACAAGAUGUGCCCAUGGUCAUCAUCUCCCACGACAGGGCUUUCCUUGACCAGCUCUGCACAAAAAUUGUGGAAACCGACAUGGGAGUAGCAAGGACAUUUGUGGGCAAUUAUUCAGAGUAUGUUGUUGCAAAGGCAGCCUGGAUUGAAGCUCAGCAUGCAGCAUGGGAGAAACAACAAAAGGAAAUUGAACAGACAAAGGACUUAAUAAACAGAUUAAGUGCAGGAGCAAAUUCUGGCCGUGCAUCUACUGCUGAAAAGAAACUUGAAAAGCUUCAGGAAGAGGAACAGGUUGAUAAGCCAUUUAUGCGAAAGCAAAUGAAGAUUAGAUUCCCUGAGCGUGGUAGAAGUGGAAGAUCUGUUGUAACAAUUAAGAAUCUGGAAUUUAGCUAUGAAGAUGAGAUUUUAUUUAAGAAGGCUAAUGUUACGAUUGAAAGGGGUGAGAAGAUUGCAAUUAUUGGCCCAAAUGGUUGUGGGAAGAGUACUUUGCUUAAACUUAUUAUGGGUAUAGAGAAGCCAACUGGUGGUGAAGUGCUUCUCGGGGAACAUAAUGUUCUCCCAAAUUAUUUUGAGCAGAAUCAGGCUGAGGCACUUGAUCUUGAUAAAACAGUGCUUGAGACUGUAGCAGAAGUUGCAGAUGAUUGGAGAAUUGAUGAUGUAAAGGGUCUCCUGGGCCGUUGCAAUUUCAAAGCUGAAAUGCUUGAUAGGAAGGUUUCACUCUUGAGUGGUGGUGAGAAGGCACGUCUUGCCUUCUGCAAGUUCAUGGUAAAACCAUCCACUUUGCUUGUUUUAGAUGAACCAACCAAUCACUUGGAUAUACCUUCCAAAGAGAUGCUUGAGGAAGCAAUAAGAGAGUACAAGGGCACUGUCAUUACUGUUUCACAUGAUCGGUACUUCAUAAGACAAAUAGUUAACCGAGUAUUGGAAGUUAAGAAUGGUAAUCUACAAGACUAUGCAGGCAAUUACAAUUAUUAUCUAGAGAAGAACAUUGAAGCAAGGCAGAGAGAGCUUGAACGGGAAGCAGAUAUUGAGGAAAAGUCUCCCAAAGCAAAAGCCAAAUCAAAAAUGUCAAAGGCUGAGAGGGAAGCUCGUAAAAAACAGAAAAUGCAGGCAUUCCAGAAUGCCAAAGCAAAAUCAAAAGCUCAGAAGAAUGCUAAAAGAUGGAAAUGACCCAAGUUUCCAGCUCCUUUUACAUCAAAGUAUCGAUAUCUUAUAGACUUCCACCUUGUUGAAACCCAAAACCUUAAAAGCCCGGGUGGUCAGAUGGCUCGACUGUGGUGUAUAUAUAUAAUACAUGGAUAGAGAUAGUUUAGCUGAUUGCGAUUAAAAGGAAGCUUCACAUGGAAAUGUUCACUGCCCCAGGUAUCAUUUCAUCUGAAGAUACCUACCUACAGGCAUCAUUGACAUUGAUCACAAACAAUACUAUACUGUCAUCGAACGAAUUUUACGGGUGUCUGUUUGUUACAGUUAUUUGAAAUUUGAUUACAUUACAAAAACGAAUGGUGGAAUCAUUUGGAGUCAGUGUUGAAGAAGGAAAAAUUUUAGUUCAAAUUACAUUGUUUGCCUGAAUAACAUUACCACAUGUUCAUUUGUUCAA